AUGAAGUUGUCGAUUACCCUCGCUAGCAUCAUCGUCCUGGUGGCGGCAGCUCCGGUCGAGGUUCGUGAUCCGCAGCCGGUUCGUGACCGCAUUGACCUCGACCGAGGGGGCUUCGCUACCGGGGAAUACUACAACGGCGUUGAUUUACCUCCAAGCAACCAAGGGGAAUUCUUCAGCGGCACUCAAAGACCUUCAUACGACCGAGGGGACUUCGCCGACGAGGAAUCCACAGACGAAGAAUUGUACCCCAAUGACUUCACACUUGGCCGCAGAAAGACUGCCGUGAUCUCAUAA